AUGCUAUUUCGUCCAAUUCUGCAACGCCUCAAAACUUUAAGAAGCGGCAUUCUGCUGCAGCAACAUCGGCAUCUUCAUCAUCACCAACAACGACAACAACAACAGCAACGUCAACAGUAUUCUUGUCGGUUGUCUCAUCAGCAAAAUAGUCAUUUAGAACGUCGACGUCAGUGUAAUAGCAACAUAAUGGUCAGUGCCGAGGAAUCGGAUGUUAGCUAUUUAGAAAUUCCUGAUAAAUCAGAAAAUGACAAGAAACAUUAUAAGACAUUAGUGUUAGCUAACGGUCUACAUGCAUUAUUGGUAUCGGAUCCAAGUCCAGUGCCGCAUGAUGGCUUGACAACCUCUUCCUGUGAAACAGGUGAUUCCUGUGCCGAGGAAUCCAGUGAGAGCAGUGAUGACGAGGCGGGUAGUUCAAGUUCAGAAGGAGGAGACUCUGAUGCAGAUUCAGAAGAGGGCGAUGAAAAAUUAGCUGCCGUGGCAUUACUUGUUGAUGUCGGCUCCUUCACUGAACCAACCAACUAUCAGGGUCUGGCCCACUUCCUGGAGCAUAUGAUUUUUAUGGGUUCCGAAAAGUAUCCCACAGAAAACGCCUUUGAUGCCCAUAUUAAAAAAUGUGGUGGUUUUGACAAUGCAAACACCGAGUGUGAGGAGACUUUAUUCUACUUUGAGGUCUCCGAGGAGCACUUGGACAGCAGCAUGGACUACUUUACGGCCUUGCUAAAAGCCCCCCUUAUGAUGAAAGAAGCCAUGGCUCGUGAACGAGAAGCUGUCGAAUCAGAAUUCCAACAAACUUUACAUGACGAUGAGGCUAGACGUGAUCAGCUACUGGCCAGUUUGGCCAACAAAGACUAUCCCCAUAGCACGUUUACUUGGGGUAAUUUAAAAUCUCUGAAAGAGAAUAUCGACGACGAAGUUCUACACAAAGAUUUACAUGAAUUCUGUAAACGUCACUACAGUGGUCAUCGUAUGUAUGUGUGUGUACAAGCUCGACUGCCAAUUGAUGAGUUGGAGAAUUUGGUGGUUAAACAUUUUUCCGAUAUUCCCAGCAAUAAUUUGGAUGGUAAAGAUUUCGGCGUGUACAAUUAUCGUGAGGCGUUUAGUCCCGAGUUUCAUAACGAGGUGUUCUUUGUGAAACCGGUGGAGAAUGUGUGUAAAUUAGAAUUGACUUGGGUAUUGCCACCCAUGACAAAGCUAUACAAAUGUAAACCGGAUCAUUUCCUAUCAUACCUCAUUGGUUAUGAGGGUGAAGGUAGCUUGUGUGCUUAUUUAAGAAAGAGAUUAUGGGGUCUCGAACUGAUUGCUGGGGUAGAUGAAUCGGGUUUUGAUACAAACUCCAUUUAUUCAUUGUUCAAUUUAUGCAUUUAUUUAACGGAUAGUGGUUUCCAACAUUUGGAUGAAGUUUUGGCUGCCACCUUUGCCUAUAUACAAUUAUUUGCCCAGUGUGGUUCGCUGAAAGAGGCCUAUGAAGAAUUGGCCAACAUUGAGGCGACCAGUUUCCGUUUUGCCUCGCAAAAAGCAGCAUUCGAUAAUGUACAAAAUUUGGUUGUGCGUUCAAAGUACUAUCCCUCGAAGGAUAUAUUGACUGGCACAGAACUCUAUUUCGAAUACAACGAAGAACAAGUUCAGGAUGUAAUCAAACACCUGAAUGAGUUUACCUUUAAUAUAAUGAUAACGUCACAACAAAAAUACGAUGGCAUUAAUUACGACAAGAAGGAGAAAUGGUUUGGCACGGAAUACACAUCCAUUAAAAUGCCGCAGAAAUGGCAGGAGUUGUGGGACAAUUGCGAAUCGAUGCCAGAAUUGUUUUUGCCCAAACCAAACAGGUUUAUCUCGAAUGAUUUUCGUUUGUUUUGGGUGGAGAAUGGCAAACCUGAAGUGCCAUUUGGUCCCAAGAAGAUUUUGCAAACGGACAUUUGUGAGCUGUGGUUUAGACAGGAUGACAAGUUUGAGUUGCCCGAUGCUUUCAUGUAUUUCUAUUUUGUAUCGCCUUUGUUAAGGCAAAGUCCUAAGAAUGAUGUAAUGUGUGCAUUGUAUUCCCAUUUGGUGAAAUAUAAAUUGGCUGAGGAAUUGUAUCCAGCCACUGUGGCUGGUUUGAAUUAUCAAUUUUAUUCCGCAGAAAAGGGUGUUGUUUUGAAGACAAAUGGUUAUAACGAAAAGCUACACAUGGUGGUGGAUUUAAUUACUAAAUCCAUGGUGAACAUGCGUGAUCACAUAACUGAGGAACAGCUGGAGGCUUUUAAGAAGCAUGUUAAGAAGGGCUAUUUCAAUGCCUUGAUUAAACCAAAAGCUUUGAAUAAAGAUAUACGUUUGACAAUUGUGGAGAAUAUACGCUGGACCAUGAUUGAGAAAUAUAAAUGCCUCAAUGACAUUACCUACGAUGAUAUGUUGGAUUUUGCCGAUAAAUACACCAAAGAACUGUAUGUGCAAGCGCUGAUGCAGGGCAAUUUGACCGAGGAGACGGCUCACAAUGUUAUGAAUUCGGUGUUGACCACAUUAAAUUGUCAGAACAUUAAGGAGACAAAAUAUAUUGAAAAUAGAACUGUACAAUUGCCACAAGGUUCCCAUUACAUACGCUGUCAUGCCCUAAACGACAAAGAUGUCAAUACGGUGGUUACAAAUUUCUAUCAAAUCGGCCCGUGUUCGGUGCGCAUUGAAAGUAUUUUGGAUCUGUUGAUGAUGUUCGUGGAUGAACCUCUGUUCGAUACGUUGCGAACCAAAGAACAAUUGGGUUAUUAUGUUGAUUCUACGGUACGCAUUAAUUAUGGCAUAGCAGGUUAUUCCAUUACCGUAAAUUCCCAAGAAACCAAACAUACAGCUGCCCAUGUCGAUGAACGCAUCGAAGCAUUCCGUAGUAAAAUGUUACAGAUACUCGAUGAAAUGCCUCAAGAUGAAUACGAACAUGUACGAGAAUCAUUAAUCAAAAUUAAACAGGUUGUCGAUAUGUCCCUCAACGAGGAGGUGUCUCGCAAUUGGGGUGAAAUAACCUGUGAAGAAUAUCUAUUCGAUCGUAAACGCAAAGAAGUGGAAAUAUUGAAGACACUGAAUAAACAAGAAAUCAUUGAUUUCUGUUUGAACAAUGAAAGGACAAAUUUGCGUAAAUUGUCGGUCCAGGUUAUUGGUAAUGUCAAUGAAAAUAAUGCCAUGGAAGAAAAGCCAGAUGAUGCCAUGGACGGGGACGAAGAUGAAGACGACGAAGCUGAUGACAACGAGGACAAUGAAGAAUUGUUCAAUGCCUUGGCCAAUAAAUUAGAUUUGAAAUUUAUACCACGCGAAGGUGAUGCCACCACAAUUGUGGAUAUCAACGAUUUCAAGGAGAAUUUGCAUGUCUAUCCCAUAACAAAAACAAAAGUAGAAAUACCCGAAAACGAUACGGAAAAUAGUGAUCGUUGCACACCAGCUGGAGGUGGUGCUAUGGAUAUUAUAGAAGAUUGCUAA